CAAACAUAUGGACGUGGCAAAGUGAUGUUUGACGUUGAACGGAAAGGAAAUGAAAACAUAUUCCAUUCUCACGAUUUCAAUAAUUCUGUUUUGCGUUUCAGCCGAAGUGAAUGAGUGGUGAGCGCUGCAAUGACGAAUCGAAAUGGGGGCUCCGAGUAUCUUCUGCCGGAGUUAUCGGAGAGCCUCGCGCAGCUCAUGAAGCUGGACGACACGCGACAGGAGGUGAUGAAGCAUCUUGCCAUGCAGUUUGAGAAAACGAAACGUAUAGAGGAAGAUCUUCAUCUGGAGGUCGCUCGUUUACAAGCGCAUGAGAGAACCCUUCUACAGCAGCGUGCGGAGCUUGAAGAGGAUAAGCGUCAGUUACAAACGAAGAUGGACGCGGCUCCAUUUAUUGUUCUCCUCGUUGACGGGGACAACACCCAUUUCCUCGACAAGUUUGUUCAGGCCGGCCUCCAAGGUGGAGGCGCAGCGGCACACGCCUUGCGACAAGAUUUGGAGACAUACCUUCAGGCAGUUCCCGAGUUGGGAUUCCACGCACAUUGGGACAUGGUUGUCCAUAUCUAUGCCAACUUCCAUGGUUUGGCCCAAGCCUUCCACAACGCGCGAGUCGUUGACAGCACGGCGAUGGCUCGCCUUUUCUUUGUGGGUUUCAACCGGACGCUGCCAUUGUCCGUAUUCAUCGACGUGGGUAGCGACAAGGAGGCCGCGGACAACCAGAUCAAAGAAAGCCUCGCUCUGUUCCACAAGACGCCCAACUGUAAACGCGUUAUGCUCGCAGGCUCCGGAGAUCGUGGAUAUGUCUCCUAUCUGCGUCGCUUCGACGACGGCAACGCGGACAUCACUCUUGUUGAGGCGACGCCAUUUGAGCCGAGUUUUCGGGCUCUUGCUGAGCGUUUCACAACGAUAAAGUUCCCUACGGUGUUCAGAGAGACCAAGCUUGGGACCAGGCCAGUGCCUGCGGCCGCUGUUCCGACUCAGACUCCUGCACCGACUCGUUCGGCCAACACAUACGCAGGAGCCGCCAGCUCCCCACAGGGUCCGCUGCGGCCGGUCCCAGUGGGUCCAUCCACGAUGACUGCGCGCACAGAAUCCACAAUCGCGUUCUCUCGUGUUAUGAACUUCAACUCGGACGGCGUGCGUAUCGACGAGCCGAUUCCGAAGUGCAACCACGUACUUUUCGAGAGAUUCCAAGCCGCCAACCCUCGACCCUGCGCCCGGUUCCAUUUGACGGUCUGCAAAGCCGUGUCCUGUGCUGAUGAUCACGACGUGCCGCUCGAUUUGAAUCAGAAGUCGGCUUUGCUUCGUUUAGCUCGGUAUAAGUCUUGCGUGAAUGGCUUGCGCUGCCGUGAUCGAGGUUGUGUUGCGAGCCAUCAGUGCAUUUAUGACUAUUGUUUCCGGAUGGCUAAGGGGAAACCUUGCAGCUUCAGCCCGGAAAUGCACAAUGUUGAUAAGACGGUUGUGACUACGUUGUGAGCUUGGAAGAUCGAGCAGUGGAAUUCUGCGACGAUAUUGAGCCUGUUACGUUGCGGAUGUUCCGUGGAUCGCUCGACGAGUUCGGCGACGCCUUUGUCUUUGUCGGUUCGAUAUCGUUGCGUCAUGCUGUGUCUUCUGGCAGCGGAAAAGAGCUGGUUCAGGUUCGUAUGUAAGUAAUGGCCCUUUGAAUUGGAAGGUUCGGCUUGUUGCAAUUCAUAGCUAUUCGGAAUCACUCGUGUUUCACAAUUUGAGAGAUCCGACUCCACGAAUCAGCAGGGUGCCCCAUCGAAGCACUGUCCCUUCUGGCGAUGUUCAAAGGACUCAAAUACGGAAGAAAUUAGUCUCAUACAAUCACAG